AGAAGGAGGGAGGGAGGAAGAGGGGGGCAAAAAAAAAGGCAGAGCGGAGACAGAGGCAAGAAACUUUGCGCGGUUGUGCUCGAGAGAUGCCGCACGGGCUCCUUCGAUCGCCGGGAGAGACAGGAGCCGCAUCCUCCUGAAGCCGUUUCAUGCCGGAGAAAGUUUGCACGCGGCCCGGAAGAGGAGAGAGGACAAACAGCCGCCUGCGUUCCGUUCCAUAAACUUACCGGAGGAGUCCCCCCCACCCCACCCCACCCCUGGGCAGUCUGAAAUGGGCACCCUGCGCGACCUCCAGUACGCGCUCCAGGAGAAGAUCGAGGAGCUGCGCCAGAGGGACGCGCUCAUCGACGAGCUGGAGCUGGAGCUCGAUCAGAAGGACGAGCUCAUCCAGCGGCUGCAGAACGAGCUGGACAAAUACCGCUCCAUCAUCAAGCCGGCGACCCAGCAGGUCCACAAGCAGAGCGAGCUGCAGGAGCAGCAGCGCACGAAGAGGCAGGCGAUAUCCGCCGAACCCACCGCCUUCGACAUCCAGGAUCUCAGCCAUGUCACCCUGCCUUUCUACCACAAAAGCCCGCAGUCCAAGGAUUUGAUUAAAGAAGCCAUCUUGGACAAUGACUUCAUGAAGAACUUGGAGCUGUCGCAGAUCCAAGAGAUCGUGGACUGCAUGUACCCCGUGGAGUACGGAAAGGACAGCUGCAUCAUAAAGGAAGGCGAUGUGGGCUCGCUGGUCUACGUCAUGGAAGACGGGAAGGUGGAGGUGACAAAGGAGGGCCUGAAGCUCUGCACCAUGGGGCCCGGGAAGGUGUUUGGAGAGCUGGCUAUUCUCUACAACUGCACCAGGACCGCCACUGUCAAGACUUUAACAAAUGUGAAGCUUUGGGCCAUCGACCGACAAUGCUUUCAGACGAUCAUGAUGAGGACGGGGCUCAUUAAGCACACGGAGUACAUGGAGUUUCUGAAAAGUGUCCCCACAUUUCAAGGCCUACAGGAGGAUAUCCUGAGCAAGCUUGCUGAUGUCCUCGAGGAGACACAUUAUGAAGCUGGAGAGUACAUCAUCAGACAGGGGGCCAGAGGAGACACCUUCUUCAUUAUCAGUAAGGGGAAGGUCAAUGUGACCAGGGAAGACUUGCCCAAUGGAGAGCCCGUCUACCUGCGCAGCCUCGGAAAAGGAGACUGGUUUGGAGAGAAAGCAUUACAAGGGGAGGACGUCAGGACCGCCAGCGUCAUCGCAGCAGAGGCAGUCACCUGUCUAGUCAUCGAUCGAGACUCAUUCAAGCACUUGAUUGGAGGUUUGGAGGAUGUGUCCAGUAAAGGCCAUGAAGACGCUGAUGCCAAAGCUAAGUAUGAGGCAGAGAACGCGUUUUUCUUCAGUCUCAACCUGGCUGACUUUAACAUCAUCGACACCCUGGGGGUUGGUGGUUUUGGACGUGUUGAGUUGGUUCAACUCAAAAGCGACGAGAACAAGACCUUCGCCAUGAAGAUCCUGAAGAAGCGGCACAUUGUUGACACGAGACAGCAGGAGCACAUUCGUUCAGAGAAGCUCAUCAUGCAAGAGGCCCACUCUGACUUUAUUGUUAGACUAUAUAGAACCUUCAAAGACAGUAAAUACCUCUACAUGUUGAUGGAAGCUUGUUUAGGAGGAGAACUGUGGACCAUCCUUCGAGACCGGGGCUCUUUUGAAGACUCAACCACCAGAUUUUACACAGCUUGUGUGGUGGAGGCCUUUGCUUAUCUGCAUUCCAAAGGUAUCAUCUACCGAGACCUGAAACCAGAGAACCUUAUAUUGGACCACAGGGGUUAUGCCAAACUGGUGGACUUUGGCUUCGCUAAAAAGAUCGGGUUCGGGAAAAAAACCUGGACCUUCUGUGGGACACCAGAGUAUGUAGCACCAGAGAUCAUUCUGAACAAGGGUCACGACAUCUCGGCCGACUAUUGGUCUCUGGGGAUCCUCAUGUUUGAGCUGUUAACUGGCAGUCCUCCAUUUUCUGGUCCUGAUCCAAUGAAAACCUACAACAUCAUUCUUAGAGGCAUUGACAUGAUUGAAUUUCCAAAGAAAAUUACCAAAAAUGCUGCCAACCUAAUCAAAAAGCUAUGCAGGGAUAAUCCUUGUGAAAGACUGGGAAACUUGAAAAAUGGUGUCAAAGACAUCCAAAAGCACAAAUGGUUUGAAGGCUUUAAUUGGGAGGGUUUGAAGAAAGGGACACUGACGCCUCCUAUUAUCCCUAAUGUCACAUCACCAGUUGACACGAGUAAUUUCGACAGCUUCCCCGAGGACAACGAAGACCCACCUCCAGACGACAACUCCGGCUGGGAUGUUGACUUUUGAAGUCUCCACUUAAAACCAAAAGAAACUCUUCUUUUGUUUGGCUUUGGGAUGGCCAUUUCCGGGACAUGAUUGGUUGCAGGAACAAGAAGAAUAAAAAAAUGGAACUGCAUUAAAAAUUUAAGAAAUACGACAUGGAAAAGAUGAUAAACAAAUGGAUGGCAAACCCUCCGGGUCACCGAAAUGCCUUUUUUUCCCCUCCCCACUGUGGCUCUGGAUAAAGCAUUUUCUAAUGGGACUGCUGUAGCACUUCUUCAGUGUUGUCUUACACACGAGUUUAUAGGCAAAAGCAAUGAUAGUGCAGGGAUACACAGACAUACACACACUACAGAGGCUGAUAACGGAGCCAGUUUUCCCCCCACAUACAUGGGGGAAACAUGUUUAACGGAUGUAUGAAUGUUUGAUUACUUGUUUAAGUUGUGAUUUUAGGACAAAUAAUAAAAGUGAAAAUGUUCUGCUUAAAAAAAAGAGAGCAAAGACUGAUAGGUAACUGUUUCUCCAUGGUAUUUGGUGAAAUGUUUGCUGAACGUUGAUGUGGGAUGUUCUUGCAGUUGCUGCCUGGCUUUUCACAUGCAGCUCCCUCCUACGAUCCAUGAUACUUUCCAGAUAUGUACACAAUGUAGUUUGCAAGUGCUCAAGACUAACCUGAAUGUCAAAGAUUUUCUUCUUACUUAGCACACCUCUAUAAGGCAUACACUACGUAUGGUACAUAGUAUUUGACUACACACACACAUGAACCCAGAUGGGAACAAAUCAAGUUCUUAGUACACUUUAUGUGAGAUUUGUCUACCUUAAAAAGCACAAACACUGUGCGUUCAGUGGAAAGAGACAUGACUCUUUAAGUGCCCUGCUUAAAAUUUAACGAACUUCACAACAAGUCAGUUAGAAUUUCCGUGAAGCCAAAUGUCAUUAUGCACAGUAGAAGCUUAUUUAAGCAUUAGUUCAACGUUUAUGUUGGUUUUUACAUCAGUUAAAUGCCUCUUACUAUUCAGCCAAACCAGAUGUUCUCUGUUUGCUCCUGUACAGUUCUGACAUAACUGUGAACAUGGUUCCAAUGUCUUUGGUGCUGUUGGUGAACAAGUUGAAAUGACAGUACUGGUUAUUUGUUUUUGUAAUGUGAUUUUUUUUUGUGCUUGAUUGCUUUGUAAUGUUCUUGAUGUCAUUCUUUAGAGAAGAAAAACAUAAUUGGAAACUUGUGUAAGUUUUUCCACUUAAGUGAAGAUCUUGACACCAUGUUACGUUGUGAUAAGUGGUAUUUUUAGGGUGGUUUCAAAAAUAAUCACAAGUUUAUCAUUUUAA